GAUAUUACCCCACACAAAACAUACAAAAUGGAAGAAGAACUUCAUAGUGAUGAAAUGGGUGCAUUUAAGCCCCCAGCUGCGUUUGUACAGGCGUCGUUGGCGAGACAAGCACGUAUUCGACAACAGAUGCAAGACCGGAAUGCAAAUGCAGCAAGUAUGCAUUCCAUGCCUCUUAAACCCAUUGAUCCCACCCCACCCGAACCAACCCAAGAACCCCCACACACGCCACCUCACACCCAAACCCAACCACAGAGCACACCACCAAAAGCCCUCCCACCAAAAUCCAAAACCCUCUUAACAAUCCAAAACCUCGCACAAGCCCGCACACACCGACGCACCCACCAAAACGAACUUCGAGCCGCUCAAGCCGGUCUGGAUAGUUCCGAACGAGACAUAAUGGGAUUCAAACGGGCCAUUCAGGUAUUUCGGGAUAAUGUGGAUAAAGAUGAAGUGGUUUGUGAGAAGGGGGAUGCGAGGAUAAGAGUGUUUGUUCGUAAACGACCAUUAAAUUAUCGAGAACAAGGAAUAUCAACCCUAUUCGACACAUUAACACCCACAAAGACAACACUGCACCUACACGAACCCAAAACCCGAAUGGACCUGACAAAAACGAUUGAAACCCAUUCCUUUGCAUUUGAUGGUGUAUUUGAUGAGUUUGUUGGGAAUCGGGGUGUGUAUGAGCGGACGGUUUUGGGGAUGGUCAAGAGUAUGUUUGAUGGGGGUAGAGGGACGGUAUUUGCGUAUGGGCAGACUGGUAGUGGAAAAACACAUACAGUCUUUGGAAACGGGGAGGACACAAUCGGAUUAUACGAAUACGCCUGUCGAGACAUUUUCCAACACUACACAACCCACCCCGACUCUCAUAGCCUUUCUCUCCACAUUUGUUUUUUCGAAAUCUACAGUGGACAAGCAUAUGACCUCCUCUCCUCUCGAACCCGCGUCCACCUCCUAGAAGACGCCCACGGAAUGGUCCGUAUACAAGGCUUAAAAGAAAUACCAGUAACAACUCUAAAACAUUUACUGGACCUUGUUAAAAUGGGGACAAACACUCGAACAACGGGAUCAACAGAAGCGAACCCAGAUUCAUCCCGCUCACACGCCGUAUUUCAAAUCCGGUUACGCAAAAACCAUAAAGUGAUUGGAAAGUUUUCAGUGGUGGAUUUAGCAGGGAGUGAACGCGGUGUGGAACGGGGCAAUGUAGGCAAACGGGAACGAUUCGAAGGUGCCGAGAUUAAUAAAUCCUUAUUGGCUUUAAAAGAAUGUAUACGAGCUCUUUAUCGGUCUCGUUCAUCACAGUCGAUGAAACAGCAUAUACCGUUUCGGGCUUCGAAAUUGACGCAGAUUUUGAGGGAUUCGUUUGUUGGGGCUAGAUCGCAGACUGUCAUGAUUGCUACUGUGAGUCCUGGGUCGAAUUCGGUGGAUCAUUCGUUGAAUACGUUGAGGUAUGCUGAUCGGGUUAAAGAGUUGCGGAGGAAAGGGGGUGGUGGUGGCGAAGAUCGAGGGCGAUCUGUUGGUGUAGAUAGAGAAGAGGAACCAGAAGAUAAACAAGAAGGAGACGAGCAAGACGAUAACGAUGAUGAAGAGGAAUGGGAUCACGUUGAUGACCAUCUCCCUACUUUACCCUCCUUUCCCACCAUCCCACCCCCUGUCCUCACAACCCCCCUUCAACCCUCCCUCCCCUCUCCCUCCCCCUCGCCCACAAUACACACAAACCCCGACCUCGCCCACCUCCUCCGCGCAACACCUCCACCCACCUCCCACCACAUCACAUCCAUAACCCACAUUCUAACAACCCACGAAUCCCUCCUCCAAUGCCAUCUCUCGGCAAUGGCACUCAAUGCCUCCCUAACUCGGAUCGACCACACUCUAAUCUCGACCGUAACACAGCCAAAUGGAGAUAUAGACACCUACGUACAAGGUCUCUCCAAUCUGAUUACCCAGCGAUUAAGAAUAUGGAGGGAUCUAGAAGGCCGUGUAGAAGAGUUACGAGGGUUAUUAAGGGAUGAAGAAGAGUUUGUGGGAGAGUGGGAACAAGAUGACGCGGGGAAUCAGAACGAGUAAAUAGAAAC